GAACUAAAAAAUGCAGAAGUUUCCAGAGGUUGAAGAUGAAUCUGCGUAGAUGAUGAUGAAUGGUGCUGGAGAAUGUAUAGGACGUGAAAGAUGCGAGGAAUUAGCAAAGUCUUCUUCGUUUUACCGGAAAGUUUACUCGGAGAUAGAGGAAAUUGGAUGGGAACCGCUAAGGAGAUUAGGUGGAGAUUUAACGUUUUUCAGCUUUCAGAUUUUCGAUAAGAAGGGAAGAGCACAUAACUUAGAAUUUCAACUGAACAGAGACUAUCCUAAUUCACCACCUUCUGUUUCUGCGGAUGUGCCAUACAUGUUUACUUUAGAAUGGUCAACAAGUUCAAGAUUGAAGGAUGUGAUGUACCAAUUCCAAAAGCAUUUGGACUAUCUUCAAGAAUUUUGGUCUGUCUUGGAUGAUAUCGAUAAAUCUCUCUGUAUUGUUGAUGCCAAACAACCAUCUCGCGCCUCUGCUAUCCGCCGGAUUCAUGCUGGAAAUCAUUGCAUCGUCAUUGUUCAUAUCGACUUCAAAGACCCUAAAUCUCUACCAGAGUGCCGGUUUAUUGGUCCUGUGCCUCCAGCUACGCAUAUGAACAGCUUACAUAUGUUAUGGAGAAGAAACAGCAAAAAAUGGUCAAAGGAAAGAUCAUUUCCUGAGAACCUCGAAUGUAUUCUAGGUACUGAGCUUCCAAAGCCUCUAGGUCUCCAAGAGGAAGACAAUCAACAACAAGUUGAAUGUGGAAUUUGCUAUGCGCAGUUUCUACCCACCGAUGAGGAGCUCGGAGCUAGAAGUGGGACACGAACAGAUUACACAUGUGAAAACAUCAGUUGCAACAAGUCUUUCCAUAGCCUUUGCCUCACAGACUGGUUAAGGUCUAUCACAACAACAAGACAGUCAUUUGAUGUUCUGUUUGGGAACUGUCCUUAUUGUUCAGACCCAGUCGCAGUCAAAAUCAACAACAAAUAGAACAGACAACCAUUUGAAACCAUACUUGCUAAUUAGCUGAUUCGGAAAGUUCUAAUGAAACAUGAUACAAAGAGAAGAGUUAGUACAGUGAUGAGUAGUAGUAAGUGAGGACAAAAGUUCCUUUUUACUAUUUUUCUUCUGUACGUUUAAGAUAAGACCCAUGUAGCUUUCAAAUAAGAAAGGUGAAUGUACCUUCUUUUUUCCUUUGUGGCCACUCAAUCCCAAAGCUGAUCUAUCAAUCACCAUCAAUGUGGAGUUUCAAGCAAUAAUAACUCUUUUACUUA